AUGAUAUGAGUUGGCUUGAUGAAUCUGAAACAGAUGAAUUAUGCAGAAGAAUACAAUUAUUUGCGAGAAAUGAGACCAGCUCCUUUAAAACGUUGAUUCAAUACAGAACAAGCGCUCUGACACAGCUUUGGCGUGCCAAACAAAAGUGGAGAGAGUUGGAGAAAAGUUGCAGUGCAGAGGAAACAACUGGCAGAAAGAGUUAUGGAAACUCACCAACAGAUGGCUCUAGCUCAUUCUCUUCCAAACUCAGUCUCAUGCUUAUAUUUCCUCUUAUUGAAUCCCAAGCAAGACUUGACCCUGGUCUCUGUGGUAUAACAACAACCAUCCUACUGCAGAGUUUAAGGGAGUGUCCCCCACUUUCUCUCCGGGAACCGGCAGAUUGUCUGACUGGCCUAGAGAAUUUACUGUGUCGUUGGUUGGGUGAAGAUAGUUCUGGGAUAGUUAGGCUUUCAUCCAGUGAGCCCAGCGAUGAGAUUGUGCUGCCUGCUGCCUGCCUGGUGGCCCUGGCCUGUGCAAGCAAUUCUACCAGAACUGUACUGCAUACUCUGUACAUACUGAAUCAGCUAAAAACUGUACAACACCUUCCUGUCAAUGAUAUCAUUUAUAUUCUAAGUGCACUGGAGGGAGGGCCCAGUGUACCACCUGUACUGCAGGGUGCUAGAUAUAAAACUGGUUUCUGGUUUGAUGACCCUCUACCACUUCCUUCUGGACCCCCUGGAUCAGAAGAAGGAAGAAGAACGAUAGCUACAGAUGGAACUUAUCUAUUUUUAACCGGAUUAACAGGCUGUGGUUUAGCUAAGCUGGGGUCAGGACUGAACGGAACUUUUCAAGGAUUUAUCUACUCUAUCAACACAGAUUUAGGACAGGGUUUUAUCAGCUUGGCAGACGGGGUUCUUCUGCAUAAGAGCCUAGACCAAGAAAAACAAGGGAACUGUGAAUACUUAGCAACAGUGAUCAACCCUGACACUCUAGAGGUCAAAACAGAAUUGACGCAGUCUGCCUGCCUUCAGAUUGAAGCUGGGUCCGCGGUGACCAUAAACUUGAUUUCUAAUGGGAUGGAAUUUUACUGGAUUAGGGCCAUCAAUACAAAUGUGGAGAACGGAAUGAGUUCUCCUUUUGCGUACAUUAUCAUCCUAGAUGUAUUUACUGUUGAUAAGAACAGUUAUGCAGUUAAGGUUACCAGACCAAGGGUUGUCCUGAGUAAACGUGAAGAACCAGGUUUAAAGCUCCAGGGUCUAGAACAUAUUAUUAGUAGAAAAUCCAAACCUUUGCGCCGCUCUUCAGCAGUAGAUAUAGAUCCAUCAGUAUCCGUUCCUCAGACUGAGUCUAGCACUGCAGCCUCAGUAGCAAACCUAGCUAGAAUCAGCGCUAACCUAGCUCGUGUUAGCUCUAGCUCAAGCUCAAACUCUUCUAGUACCUCAACUCAACCAGUGCAGGUGGCUCCAGGAGCAGCUAACUCAACCAAUCCUGCAAAAGACACAAAUUCAACUUCUCUUGGUAUAUCUUACAAGACACUUGUUUCUACACCAAUGCUCACAUGUGGAACAUUCAUUACAAUCCUGAGUCCUGUAGUGAACAGCCAAAGUGCUGGAGCUCAAAUAGCUCGAAGUUUGUUGGGAGGAGGGAACCCUGGGGCAUCCAAUAGAGUUCUAGCAACCUCUCAGUGCUACUCUACUAGAGAUGGACAGUUUAGCAGCAAACAUGAUUUCUCAGACUGUAUUAAUUCAUCCCUCGGUCGUGGUGGAACUCUAUCAGAUUUUGCGACAGUUUUUGACACAGUCAACAACUGCAUUUGGGGUGCUACAGGCGACCACGUGGAUCAGUUCAGUAACCCUGGACAUCAAGCUCCGGCUUUUAUUGCAAGAAAACUGGGAUUCCCGGAGGAAAGUACUCAAGCACAGACAAAGAAGGGAAAUUUGGCAUCUACCCAGCAGAUUUAUGCAACACUACUGCGGCAUGUCGGGCUUCAAUGUUCCCAUGCUGUUGCCUCUGAAAAAGUUGCGACAUCAUGCGCCGGGACCCUAGAUUCUACACUAAAUGAGAGGACCCAGGACUUAGCACACUUCCACAGGGUUCUCUUUUUAUUGGAAGCUGCAGUAUCUGAAGGUGAUGGGACCAGUAUAUCCUGCCUUCUUGUAUCCCUACAGGCUUUCUUCAACAGAGAUAGAAGCUGGGCGGAGGAGCUAGAAAAGUCUAGAAUAAAACAGUUGCAAGAGCUGCUCUGGAGCAUCAUUGACAAUUAUGAGAAAUUUUCUUAUAGGAUAUCUCUAGAGGCUUGUAGAACACUGCUGAGUGCUAUAAAUAUGGUGUAUCCGUCCUUACAGGUUCAAGAGGAGCUAGUUCUUUCUCUUUUAAACCAGGAUACAUCUCAGCUCAGGUAUCUAUCCUUGCAGGUUCAAAAGAAGCUAGUUCUUUCUCUUCUAAACCAGGAUACAUCUCAGCUCAGGGUUGAUCUUGGAAACAUGAUUCUGGAAUGGUUUACUCAAGAACUAGAGGCUCCGGGUACUCAACCCAACAGAUUAAGGCAGAUGCUCGGACGAAUGAGAUUAAACUCCUGCAUCAUCUCACUUCUCACUCUCUCAACACAGAAAACCAUCUCUUUGAUUAGGACCGGAAGUAUUGAAGAUGUCGGACAGCUUUGUGCUGGGGCUCCACAACUGUCACCAGCUGUCAAAUAUACAGCCACCGUGGUUAACACUGUUCUUAGUAACUGUUUGGUGGAUGAGGAUGGGGAUGAGGAUAUACAAGAUCUUCUCCGGGAACUCAUCCAACUUAUUCUUGAUUCAUCUUCAUCCAUUAUAGAUCAUCUACUUACAGAAAUACAGGAGAUGGUUUCAACUGACUCUGGUUGUUUACGAUUAAAAUAUCUGAACAGGGUUCUCCAGGGUUCAAUACUUGCUCUAGUUUUACUCCCAACACUCACUUGCCUCACUCAAAUCGUUUCCCAGGGAGAUGAAUGUGAACAUUGUAACAUUCCUGUGCUUGUCGGUUUACUUACAAGAUGCUGUAAGGUUAGCAAGAUCUACCAAGAUAAUAUAAAGAAAGGUGAGCCUGGACUCGAAAUACCUAAACAAGUUGACGAUGGAAUUCUUUCAUCAGUUCGUAUACCAACUCCUUGGACCAUAGGACGAGUUCUUGAAAGUCCUCAUCCCCUAAAGGAUAAUUACAAGUUGAAGGAAACUGUACAGAUUCCAGGAGCUAAACUUCUCUACAUUAGGUAUUUAUGUACUGCACUGUACAGCGUACAGCUUAUAUUAUACAGUAAGACUCGUAAAACUGUGGAAAACGAAUGUUGAAC